AUGCUGUCCUGUUUCUUGUUCCUCUCCAAGCACAUCGGCGCCUCGCUGACGUCCUUGCGAAGCGUGCGCUGCGGAUUCGCGCUCCCACCGCGCUGGGUCCCCGGGCGCCCCUGGGGUCCCCGACCCCCCACACCCCGCCGCCCGCUGGCCGCGGCCGCCGCCUCCCCCCGGGACCCCAUCGGACCGGCUGCCGCCCCCUCCCGGCUGCGACAGAACUUCCACCCUGACUCCGAGGCCGCCAUCAACCGCCAGAUCAACCUCGAGCUCUAUGCGUCCUAUGUGUACUUGUCCAUGGCCUAUUACUUCUCCCGGGAUGACGUGGCCUUGAACAACUUCGCCAGGUAUUUCCUUCGUCUGUCUCGGGAGGAGACGGAGCACGCGGAGAAGCUGAUGCUACUGCAGAACCAGCGCGGAGGCCGGAUCUGCUUGCAGGACAUUAAGAAACCCGACCAGGACGACUGGGAGAGCGGUCUGCAUGCCAUGGAGUGUGCUCUGCUCUUGGAAAAAAACGUGAACCAGUCGUUGCUGGAAUUGCACACUCUGGCCUCAGACAAAGGCGAUCCCCACUUGUGUGACUUCCUGGAAACCCACUACCUAAAUGAGCAGGUGAAGUCUAUCAAAGAACUAGGUGACCACGUACACAACUUAGUUAAGAUGGGGGCCCCGGAUUUUGGACUGGCGGAGUACCUUUUUGAUAAACACACCCUUGGAAAUGAAAACAUGCAGAACUAAGCUGCAGGCUGCCUUCCACACUGCCCAGUGGGUACCAGAACCUGGAGUCAGCUGUCUCCUUGUCCUUUAAAUACACUGAAACCUCCACCUUUAUAUCCUACUCCUGUCAUACUCUUCCUCCAAUAUUGUGACAUGCAAAAAAUGUAUUUAGCCUCAUGUUAACAGGGGCUGUUUGCUCAGCAUCAAGAUACUCAUUUUCCCAGCCAGUAAGGUAGCCCAGGAGAAAAAAUUAAAAAAAAAAAAAAAAAACUAUGGAAAUGUAUAUGCAAACUAACUUUCUCUCUGGUUAUCAAAUAUUUUUCUAGACCAU